AUGUCGGCAAAAAAUAUAUUUGGAAAUCAGACUUAUAUGGAUUUUAGCUUUACUUUCAACACAUUUCCAGUAUAUUUUGCACUUCUUCCAUUGUUUUAUGUGAUACCAACCAUAUAUAUUGUCAAUUAUACUAUUUUUGUGUUUAUGGAACAAUAUACAAGAAAGAAGACUUGUGUAGUAAAUCCACAUAUUUUCAUUGUAGUGUCAAGUGCUCAUACUGUGAACAUUCUCUCAUUCUUCUUCGACUACAUGUCAAAUAGAUUUCCCGCAACUGGAAUGAUGACGUCAUGGUGUGCAAGUAGUAAUCAUGAAACACUUCUCAUUUUCAUUUUGACAUCCCAUUUUUACUUGGACUAUCUUGCAAUGGGUUUUCCGUUUUUCAUGUCUGUUCUCAAAAUAAUGUUUUUGGUUUAUCCAAAUACACAUAAAAGUAUUAUCAAUAAACUUUUGCGAAUAGCUUUGCCUUGCAUUUCCAUUUAUCCAGUUUUCAACACAUUUUUCUUGUUUCCGGCAACUGGAGAAUGUCGUCAAUUGUACCCACCAUAUGAGUUUGGCUCCAUUUUUAUUCAUUAUUUUGGAGAAAUUGCAGGCUUCAGUAAUUCUCCAUUUUUACUGGCAAAUAUUGCAUUUUGGAUGGGUUCUACAAUAACUAUUAAUUUAAUGGUAAUAUUUCUUGUGGCUCAUGCAAGAAAUAAAGGAUCACAUAAUGUACAGUAUAAAAGUAGGAAAAGUAGAAGGGCGGAGCUUUCAGUUACUUUGACAACAUUUGCAAUGAUUAUUUCAUUUUUAAUGAGAGGUAUUUGUUUGAUUGUAUUCCUAUUGGUUCCAAGUGCAGCCAGCUGGCUCGCCAUAAUACGGCCGCUGGGAUCAGAUGCAGAAGUUGUUGUUUCCCCGUGGGUUUUCUAUUUGACACAUCCAGCUUUUCGUAGAACAAAGCGCCAAUCUACAAUUACAGUCGGAUUCUCAAUUAGCUUGGGAUCAGGUCCGAGAGGAAAAUAAAAUAAUUGUUUGAUGGAAUGAAGUAUAUUGUUA